CCCCACCCCCCAGCCCAGCCGGCCCAGCCAACACACACACACACCACGCGUGUAUACCGUAGACGACUAGACGUAUUCCCAACCAACCACAUUACCCAGCGAGAUCUGGCACUGGCAACAUAUGCGCGCUGUCUGCGUGAGGCAGAGGCGACAGCAACGGCGGCUGUACCGGUACUAGCAUUAGUAGUAGUAGAUUAUGAGCCGUAGUUGCAAAGGAGAUGACAGUUCUUGCUCAUAGCCUUUUGCCCUUCUCAGAGGAACUCACACUCAAUGAAAAGGAUUUAAUGUGAAAAAGCGAGUUUUGUGAUGAUUCAAGACGACGUGGCGACACAAACAAAGAUAAAUCAGUGCUUUAUUUGACUGGUAUGAUAGUGGCCGAAAAGUGUGUUUUAUUGUUGCCAUGUGGUGAUAUUUACAUGGCACAGUAAAGUGUUGGCUGAAGAUUGGCCGGUUAGGGAGAGAAGGCGAAGUAUUUAGGCCAAAUCGCUGGUGAUUUGGAGGGAUUCCGUUGAUUGUUGUGGUUGAGCUGUAAGAGGUUCAGUUUUCUUUAUUCGUGUGAAAACGGAGGUGUUAUUUAGAAAACUGGAAAAACUGAAGGGGUGCUUGCCAGUAUUACUUAAUUAAGAUAAUCACGAGAGGAAUAUAAAUCUCGUAACUUGUUUACUUAAUCCUGACUUGGAACAUGAAAUCAAUCGUUGAUGUUCCGGCAAAACAUGUGAUCAAAUGAGUAGUACUACGAGUUUGUGGUGAGAUGUUUAUGUCAUGGUUAUCUAAUUCAUCAGUUGUUGUAGUAGAAGUUCCGUGACCCAUUUCCAAAAUGCAGAUUCAAGUGAAAGUGGGGAUACUUGUGGUGGUGGGGAUACUCCUGAUCGUGGGGAGUAUCAUUUUCCAGAUGCAGUUUGACAAAAUGUUCGACAAGAUUUUGUCCAGUAAACUGGUUCUGCAGCCCGGUUCCAAAACGUUCGAAUCCUUCAAGUCGCCGCCGGUGCCGAUAUUCAUGCAGUUCUACUUCUUCAACGUCACCAACAAAGACGACGUGGUGGACAACGGCGCCAAGCCGGCUCUGCAACAGGUGGGUCCUUACACAUACGCCGAGAGGCAGCUCAAGUAUGACCUCUCCUUCGACGACGAGGCCGGGACAGUGACCUACCUCCAGAACAAGUCUUUCGUCUUCAGACCCGAAUUGUCGGGGGGGCUCACGGAGAACGACAGGAUCACGACGAUCAACGCCGUCAUGAUGUCCGUCGGAGUGAAGUUCGCGACCUUACCUGACGCCGUCAAGGCCAUCGUCGAGAUCCUCUUCAAGAGGUUCCAGAUCGAGCCUUUCAUCACGAAGCCCGUCGGGGAGCUCCUCUUCCAUGGGUAUGACGAGCCUUUCUUGGCACAGCUGGGUAAGCUGACCAAGAAACCAGAACACCUGAGGGGAAAGUUCGGUUUCUUCUACCCGAAGAACAACACCCACGGAGGGUACUACACCAUCAAGAGCGGCGUCCAGGGCAUGGAGGAUUACCAGGACAUCGUCAGCUGGAAAGGGAAGCCGGCAGUCGAUUUCUGGAAGAGGGACAUGUGGGGAGGCGACACCUGCAACAUGAUCAACGGGACGUCGGGGAAUCAGUUUGCGAGGCCGAUCUCCAAACACAAGCGUCUCGAGCUUUACACCGCCGAGUUGUGUCGGUCUAUUUUCGCCGUAUUCCAGAAGGAGGUGAUCCACGGCCCCAUGACCCUCUACCGAUACGUCCUUCCAGACUACCUCCUGGCGGACUCACCUGACAAUGAGUGUUACUGCGUCGACGAUUUCACCUGCCGGGCAUCCAUGAUCGACGUGUCCCCUUGCAGAGAGGGCGCUCCAGUGGUCAUGUCGACACCUCAUUUUUACCAAGGGUCAUCCCAAGACCUGACUUACGUGGAGGGACUGAACCCGAGACAGGAGGAACACGAGACUUACCUGGACAUCGAGCCGAACACAGGUGUCACCUUCCGGGCUGCCAAGAGGAUCCAGCUGAACAUGGUUCUUCGUCCGUACAGUGAAAUCCCCUCGUUCGGCAAUGUCCCAGAGGUCAUCCUUCCAGUCCUCUGGGUGAACGAGAGCGCCGUGGUGCCCCUGGAGCGCGCCUAUGCAUUGCAUCGCACUCUCAACCUUCCCUUCACGCUCGUCAAAGUGGCGACGGGCGUCCUAGUCGUUUUGGGUGUGGUACUGAUCCUGGCAGGGCUCAUCAAAUUGGGGCUGUUGAUGAGGCACAAGCACCGGUUGAAAAAAUCCCCGACGGCCAAUAACAGAGCCCAGAAUGACAAAGAGAAAGAAAAACAUACGGUUCUGAGCGAAAAACUGAAUUCGGCUAAUUAUAGCUGAAUAACAUAGCUGUGAUUGAUACCCCACAUUGGGGAAGAGAUAAACUGUGCCAUAUUUUGAUACAAAGAAAGAAUUGAAGUUCCUAAAGGACAAUUUAUAGUGCGAGAGAAAACGACAAAAGUAUGAGUGAUUGAAUCAUUAGGAUUGACAAAGGAGGAUAGGCCUUGUGAGCUCUUGCAUAGAAGUUCUUAAAUUUGAGCAUUAAAGACUUUUUAGUCGUGAAUGAGGAGACUAUAUUUAGUGAAGUAUAUUAAAAACAAUUUUUAAUCUUUUAAGAUUUCCCUUUUUAGCUAGAUCAGUAAUUGUGAGACUGUCCAUAGUUUCUUUGUUUUGACGUGCCUGCAAAGGCGCUGAUGCAGUGCAACAAUGCAAGAAUAUUUGUCCUCUAGUAUGGAAGGAACAAUACUCAAGAAUUGAGAAUCAUGACUUGGUAUUGGUAUGGUGACUGUGCGUUGUAAGAAUUUUAUUUAUUAUUUAUUGUUACAUAAACGUGAUGUUUACUGUCGCUGGAUGGAGAUGACUCUUUUAUUUGUAUUUGUGUACUACUUUAUUUUGUAAUUGUUCAUAGAUGAGGUGUUGUCAACAAAUGUCCGAGCACUCAUUUGUCGUUUCCUCCAUUUCAUGUACCAAAGGUUGUCGUUUUAAUGUGAAUGAGACCAAAAACAGUGAUAAUGACAAUAAUAAAAAACAUUGAAUUAGA